AGUGCAAGCCCAAGACGCAGGAUCCUGCCGAGGGAAAGUGCUCCUUGAAAUCAUCACCGCAGACCCCGCUGCGAAAGUGCAGAGGAGGAGAGAGAAAACGCCUCGGCAGCCAACCUCCUGCGGCUGAGGGCUUUGCAAACAGGGCAAUGGCUCUAGGCUCUCAGAGAUCCUCUCUCACCUUUCUCCAGGGUGUGGGAUCUGUCUUCUUCAUUCUUCAGAUCAUCUCUGUUCAGGCUGAUGGGAAAGUGUUUGCACUUGAGUCCAAGAACAACUCUCAGGGUCUGGAUUUAGCUGAAGCUGAGAAAGCUUGUGUUGACCUGAGCGCUCGCUUAGCAACUGCAGAAGAACUGAAAAGGGCUGUUCUGGACUGUUCUUUUGCUGGCUGCACCACAGGAUGGCUCGCCAGUGGCUCUGCCGGGACAAUUAUAUGCAGAAAGACGGGCAGCAAACAGCAGAGCGUGAAAGCCAUUGAUGUUAAAAUUGAAACCGAUCCCUUUGAGAAUGACCAAUAUGGUGCUUUUUGUGUAAAGGAUGAAGACAAACCCUGUGGGGACCCACCAUCUUUCCCCCACACCAUCCUGCAUGGCCACACUGGCUUUGAAAUGGGGGAUGAGCUGCUGUAUGUUUGUGCCCAGGGGUACAUCAUGGGCAACAAGGAGACAGCGUUCACGCUACUCUGUGACAGCUGCGGGGAGUGGUACGGGCAGGUCCAGGCCUGUGUCAAAGAUGAAACCGAGGCACACAUUGACUAUGAAGAUAACUUUCCUGAUGACAGAUCAAUACCUGUUGUUGAGAAUGAACAUAGCAAUGGCAAGGAAGAAAUUGAGCAGGAGCAAGAACAGCUUUCAUUCAGUAAAAGUUCAGAGGAAGAAAGAACUGGAAGCACCAAAGGUGUUACUCAGGACACAGACACUUCUGAAAAAGGAAGCAGAACACCAACGGAGUCCCCCGUGUCACUUCUAAGCCAAAAAAACUUGUUUUGGUUUCCAUCAGAAACUUUCAGUGAACCUGAAUUGGAGAAAGAGACAGAUGAUUCUACUAAAGCACAGUUUCCUGAAGGUGAUAACCACAUUGGAGGGAAGACAGUCUAUGAUGAACCUGGUGCCAAAAUGUUUUAUGACAGUGAAGAUUUCCCCAUUGGACCCAUUCUCACAGCUAAUGAUACAAAGACAGCGAUAGAUGCAGUUGCCAUUACUGAUGAAUCAUGGUUAGAUGGUUAUCCAGUAACACAAGAGGUGGUAGAGGAGGAAGUAGAGGAAGAGGAGGGCGAUAAAGUUGAUGGUUCAAUGGGAACAGAAGACGACAUCAUCCUCACAACUGACCAACCAAAUCAUGUUGAAGUAAGAAAAUCGGGAAAUGGCAGCCCAGCUCCAGAGGAAGGUUUAACACAGAUUGUGGCAGCAACAACAAGGAUAGAUGACGAAGGGGCUAAAGAAACCCCAGCAUCACUUACAUCAGCAAGUGGUCUGGAGAACUUCAGUGUGAGCAGAGGUUAUGAUGAUGCCACAGGGGAACAUCCAGCUGCAUCUCUGGAAACUGUGACUCAGGAGCCCAGUACAACGAUACUGUUUGACAUAACCAGCUUAAAAACAUCCAUGUCAGAAACCUCUGUGAUGGUCAGCCCCUCCGAUUACACUCCACACACAGAACUACAAGAAACAACCACCUACCCAGAACAAGUAGCAACCACUGCACCAGCUCCAGACAUCUUUACUGACACAGCAUCCCAGGAAUUAGCUGAGCAAGAAAAUCUCACCCAGGGCCUUGGAGAAAAGCCUGUUCCCACUUCCGAGCCCUGUGAGGGAGAGGAUUGUCCCAAGUCCAGUAAGGGUGCUAUCAUAGCAGUAAUUGUGAUUCUUCUCUGCUUGUUACUGGCUGCAGCUGUACUGGCAGUGUGGUUUUUCAAAAAACGGCAGCAGAAAAAUUCUGUCUAUAAAUUAAAUGGGAGGUGUCAACCCAGACAUCAUUGCUACCACCACUACCAUCACCAGCACAUCGAAAUGCAGAAAGUCUAACCAGGGCCUGUUUGGCAGAGAUGCUAGAGAUCAGAAGAAAAAACAUACUGAUGCUAGAAGGAUCACAUGACUCAUGGAUGCUAAAAUCCAGCAGUGCAGAAAGCAGAAGAAAAAAACAGUGCUAAAAGAACAUAGAAGACAGAAAUAGAUUUCAACCUUUUGAAGUCACAGUUUAGCAUAUUCGACUUUGCAGAGCUAAAGAAUCUGUACAUUUUUAUCACAAGGGUCUUUUGGAGACAUCAGCAGGACACAAGCAUGCUUGGUACUACACCUACAAUUUGUUCUGCUUUUACAUUUUGCUCCUAUUAAUAAUAAAUUAAUUGAUUAAUUUCUGUGUUACCUGGUUAUAAUGUAAUGGUAGGGCUGGUCAGGCCUUUUUGGUCUAUUCUCAGUGGAAGAGGAAAAGAAAGAGAGAAGAAGGGAAGAAUAGGAGACGGAUAUUUUUUGAGCAUCCACACAUGUGGUGUUCGUUCCUUUUUUAGAACCUGCCCAAGCUGGUCAGGAUAAACCACAGUAACAAACUAUUACCUGAUGUGUCUUAAAAAGAAAAACUAUAUGCUACCAUACUUUAAUGGAUACUAUUGCAAUGAUUACUAAGGUUAUUUUCUUCACCAUUGUGAAUUUAACAAGCCAUGAAUGUUGGAUCAUUGUGCUAUUUUUCUGGAAGGUGUUCUUUUAGCCUUAGUGAAGAAAUUCCAUUCUCAUCCUAAUCUUCCUAUAGAAAUCAUGAUGUCUCCCUGGAAUUCAGAUAAUACUGUUAACUGCCAUUCUUCCUUAAGUAUCAGCAGGAGAGGAGUCAGAGCACCUUUGAUUCCAGGUGUUAUGAUGAAUAGCCUCUUACUACAGAGCCAAACAGUGAUGAAGCACUUUCCAGGGAAACUCUACACAAUUAAGUCAGCUGCUUUUCUGAACAUGAUGUUGACUGACCAAGAUACUGAAUUUUAAUUCACAGCCAGUAGUACCUCUGGCAACUGAAGCCAUGUAUAAUACUUUUGCCAUGUGAACUCUGUGGAAGGACUGAUUUUUUCACCAUUCUGCUCUUUCAUUGGCUGGAGGGGUGUCUGGGAUGGACCUUGGCUAUGGGAGAUGGGUAGCCCUUUUGCAUGCUGCUUAUUGUGGUUUUAAAGAUAAAUCAGACCUGGGAAAGAAAGAAAUUGCAUCCAGUUGACAAAAUGCAAACACUUGGCUUUUUAAACCAGUUGUUGGUGUAAAAGCAGAGAGGCUUUUCCAACAGCAUGUUCCAUUUUCAACAGUUCUGAAAAUAAAUAGGGAGAGAGGGGAGCUAGAAUCCUUUAACACAGUGUGAGUUUAGUAUGAAGUACUAUUCCUUACCCUUCUGAAUGAACAAGAGAAAGUCUGGCAACUGUGAAUAAUCUGCAGGUCAGAAAUAAAUUCAUCUGCCACUCAGCCUUAGUCAAAAUACACCAGUAGUUCAACACAUUAAAAUAUUGGAGUAAGAAAAGGUGCCUGGGUGGGGUUCACCCAUGUCCAUGUUCUGCCUUGAGCCACAACGGUCACCAUCUCUAACUCCAUGGAAGGUAGGGUUUAUGAAAUGGAGUGCCGAAUCGGGCCCCUCUUACACGCAGCAAUCAAUCUCAGGGCUGGUAAGCAAAACAAAGCAUUUUUAGGUGAUGGAUAUACGUUAUCUUGGAGAAUUUGACCUCAGAGUGGUAAGAGUUGAACCUAGUUGCCUGGCAAGAGCCGCAGUAAAUAAAGAAGGACAGAAAUUGUACAGAUUUGUAAAUAUGUCUCUGACAUACACGUGACUUUAUGCUUUUAAUGCAUUCUAGACUAUGAAAUAACCUAGAAUUUCUGUUGUAAACUAUUUUUUUAAUGCGGAAAAAAACCCCAACAAUGGAUUUUGCACUAAGCAACUUUAUGGAGACUGUUAACUCAACUAAAACUUAUCGUCUGUAAUCCCAUGGAAACAUGCUGAAAAAUAAACAAGGGAACAUCCAUUAAAAAUAUUGCUUAACUGAAAGGUACAAGUAGGUGUUACAGUUCUGUGUAGCAUCAUUCAAAAUGAAAAGUCAAUACUAUUUGGCUCAGGAACUGAACAUGUGAAAAUGAGACUCAAAAUAUAAUUACAAACACAAAUCGUACAAGGAUCUUAUUUGAGACUUAAAAAUACUUGUUAUUCAUGAACCAGAAGAAAGUGUACAUUAACAUAAUGCUUUGGAAGUAUUUAAAU